AGUUUUGGAAGAAUGGAUAUGUGAAAUAUCUAAAUUACCCUUUAGUUUAAAAAAGCUCUAAAAUUUUGAAACCCACGAUUUCUCCCUCCAACACAUACUUCGCUGGUGACCUCACGCAGGUGACUCCAUUUGCAGGGAUGAACAAAUCGCAAAAAACGAACGGAGGCAAUCGAUCAGAUGGAGUGGAGGUGACUUGGGUAGCAACAACCACAUCCAUUUGGACGACUUGGAUAACAACAACAAUUUCACCGAAACUAAAGUCCGGGUCUUAUGGAUUGUGUGUCAACAAUUUCUAUAUCUUUCUUUAUUGCCAACUUGCGACCCCGUCCUUCCCCAUUCCACUUUCUUGCAUUUCCUAAUCACUUCUCUCUCCUCCACCCUUCAUCUUCACAAGGGUGCGAGAGAUCUCCGAGCAGGCAAAGACACAAGCCAAAGAAGUUGAAAUACUCAUAUGUUGGAAUACCCAUAUGUGAUGGUGCUGCAAUAAGGAAAUCUCCAUGGAAUCCUCCUGAGCUUUUUGAUAUUCAAUUUCUUGAGGGGAGACAAUCAUGGAAUGACUCUACUUCAACAAGCCUAGACGAGCCUUUGAGGGCGACAUAAAAUAUAAGUAUCUACAGCUUAGUUCAGGACAACACUACUUUGUUGUGUUUAGUUACAUGAGUUAGAUACAUUGUUUAGUUUACUUAACAUGGAUUGUUGAGUUUUUUUUUAUGGUUUUUACUGCGUUCAUUUUAGUCAAUGAAUUUUGUUCCUAAACCUAAACAUAGGAAUUGUAGUCUUUCCUUUUACUAUUAAUCAUAUAGGUUUGUUGUUGGAUAGGCUUGGAAUUGAUUCCACUAAAACUGACUGAACUUUUCUUUAAUCCCUUCUAGCCUAUGAUUGGUCUUUUCUAUUAAUAAUGAAUGCAUUGUUAGUA